UCUGGGAAAGAUGAAGGACCCAUUCCAGCUGAGUCAUGCUUUGUUCAUGGGAUUGUUCCCUCCUUGUAGCCAUGGACAUUGUGGAGCGCAUUCUGGUGGUUGCUAACAAGAUCUACAGUCAAUACCAAAACAUGAAGUACUGCAAGAAGCAGAGGGAGCGCCUUGUAAAGCGCAUGGACAUCCUCCUGAGACCUAUUGAGCUCCUUCAGGCUCAGUCCAUCGGUAACCUGUCCCCCAGUCUGAAAUGGAUGCUGCAGAACAUGUUGGACCUUUUGCUUGAGGCCCAGGAACUCUUUGACAAGUACAAAAGCCAGAAAGUGCUGGAGAGAUUUGUGAAGACUGGUGACAUGUUGGAAAAGUUUGCAAAUCUGAACGAGCGCUUUGGAGAUAUGGGUCAAGGGCUUUUGCUGCAGCUCCAGGUGGAGCAGAAGGUGUUCGUAAACUUUAAGAAGUGUGUGGUAAGCAAGGAAUGCUGCCAAGAUCUAGCAGAAGACAAAGUUUGCUGGAAGGAGAUGCUCCAAGGGCAGCAGGACAAUACUGAUACCGAAAUCACGGAGAUAAACAAGCACUACUUAACCAAGAUGUCCUUUCUGAGGGAGAUGGAAGACCACAUCCUGUACAAAGGCGAAUAUUACAAAACUCCUGUGGCUAUCAAAGUCUUCAAAAACCCUUUGACCAACAACCCAAAGCGGGUGAGGGAGAUCUUUGAGGAGGAGAGCAGGGUGCUGAAGCGUCUGGAGUCCUCCUACAUCGUGCGCCUGUAUGGGAUCUGCAUUGAUGAAAGCGGGCCAGUCCCCGAGUUCUCCAUCAUCACCGAGUACUGUGAAAAAGGCACCCUGAGGGAAGUGUUGAAAAGAGAACCAGACUUGCCCUGGAAGAUUCGCACAGAAAUGGCUUCAGACGCUGCCGCUGGGCUGUACAGGCUACACCAGACAGGAGACAUGUGCCAACUGCAUUGUUGCAUCAACAGUUCCAAAUUCUUGGUGGCCAAGGGCUACUGUGUAAAGUUGUCAGGAUUUAAAUUGGACCAAACAGAGUCAUCUAUCAGUCGGAAAAGCAAGAAUAAGGCCCCCAGGGAGGUCUCUUCUUUAGCCUACGCCUGCCCAGAGGGCCUGGCAUCCCUAAACCAUCCAUACAACUUGGCUAGUGAAAUAUACAGCUUUGGGAUCGUGCUGUGGGAAAUCGCAACUGGGAAGGUCCCUUUUGCAGGCUGCAACUCACAAGAAAUCUACAAGAAGGUUUAUAAGCAAAAGGUACAGGAACCUUUAGGAGAAGAUUGUCCCUCCUAUUUACAGGAAAUCAUCAACCAGUGUCGUAACUAUGACCCGUCCAAGCGUCCAACUACUGAAGUCGUUGUGAACCAGCUCCUCAUCGACCAGGAUCACAGCAGCAGCAGCUUGACUUCAUGAGGGGAUAUCAGUGAUGUCAUCAUGGAGGAUAUAUUCCGUCACCUGAUCCCUCUUUUUUCAAGUUUCAAUAUUCUUUGCAUCAGCCAGAUCUUUGAACCAUUAGCCAGCCUGGCAAAUGGCCCAAACUUUCCAUUGGCUCUGCAAAA